CUUUUACUCCAGCGACUCGCAACGACAUUUUAGUAUUUUUCAUUAAGUCCUCACGACUUUGCUCAUUCUUUCCCGAGGGCCGCCCUUGUUUCGAGCGACAUCGAGAUGGUUCCCCGCCUUGAGAUAUUUUGAGUCCUUUUUCCUGAAAGAACGUUUACUUUUUACAUCGCUCUUAUACCCCCUGAAUUCACAUUCGUAGUUUCUUUCGCUUUCCGCAAAUACUAUCAUGACAUUGGUCUUGCACCGCUCUAGCACAGUAUGGCACCCAAGAAGCAAGCUAAGAAGGCAGAAAUUAAGCAGGACAAUAAAACUGCUAAGCCUGCGAACAGCAACAAAGCAUCUCGAGGAGGGGGUGGAGCUUCCAGCACUGCCGCGAAGCCCAAAGCCGGAGCAACAACGGCGAACACAACUUCAGGGAUUAAACGCACUGCAGGUACUGGAGGGAAGCAAAAGAGGGCAAAAGACGACUUUGUCGUAGAGGACGACGAGGAGGAGGAUGAGGAAGAAGAUCUUCAAAACGUUUCCUCGGCCUCCCCGUCAGGCUCUGACGCCGAAGACGAGGCGGGACACGGCAAGCAAAACCAGCAGUCAUCUACAAGCAAGCACCACCAAGAUGAACUGGGUCGUGCAGGAGCUCUUGUGUCCUCAAGCCGACCAAAACUGGACCCGAAUGAUCCGGAUUACGACUCCCAGGAGGACGAUAGCGAUUUUGAACCGGAGUCCGAUUUAGGUUCUGAUGUGUCUGGAGCGGGGGCUGGUGGGCAGCUGAGCGAGGACGAGCCUGAUGAAAACGAUGUAAAAAAAAGCGUUGUGCGGUACAAGCGGGCAAGACGGACCAAGCCACAGCUCGACGUUGGAGGAAGCGAGAACAACAAAAAUCCUGGUUCCUCUUCCUCCGCAGAUGACGAGGAGGAGGAGGACAAUGAUGCGCAGGAGCAGGCUCAGCUUCCCGGUCGAACCAACGCGAGUACAAGAACUGGUCUUGCAAAGGGGACGAAGGGAAAAGCGAUGAAGAAGCAGAAU